CACCAUACAAAAAAAGUGGAAGUGUUAUUUCCAACGCAAAAAACUACAACUCAAGCAAAGUUACAAAGCUGCCCAGUUAAAGUAGCAACGAUUGCUGAAGUUGUCCCUUUAGGCGUGUUCCACACACUCUUUCGAUGUCGUAGCGGCGCGAACCAGCAGCACUUACAAACCGAAAUGAUAAAUCCAAUUGCAACGGAGGCCAUAAACUCAGCCAAUUAUGUGGACAACUACAUAGAUUCCGUAGAGAAUCUACCUGACGAUGUGCAGCGCCAAUUGUCACGCAUACGCGACAUCGAUGUUCAGUACAGGGGUCUGAUUCGCGACGUGGAUCAUUUUUAUGACCUGUAUAUGUCGAUGCAAUGCACACCAGAUGUAGGUAAACGUGCACGGACCAUAGCGCGAAUGCAUCAGUGCUUGGUACAAGCGCAGGAGCUGGGUGACGAGAAGAUGCAGAUUGUAAGCUACAUGCAAGAGAUUAUCGAUGCGAAGGUACGGCAGUUGGACACGGAUCAGCAGAAUCUGGACUUGAAGGAAGACCGUGAUCACUUUGUCGGCCUAGACGACGGCCCACCCUCGAAAAUGCAGCGGUUACAGAGCCCCAUCCGAGAUCAGGCAACGCAUGGUAAUUCUCUCAAUGGCAAUGGCAUGGGUAGCAGCGGCGCCAAUUAUGCGACCAAGGAACAUUAUGUUGUGGCCUCAUAUGGCAGUGUUGUGGGAGGUUCUGCGGGCGGUAGCUCUGUUGGCGCCAACUGCGGCAGUUCAACGCCCAACUCUGAGCGUUCCAGCAAUUUAAGCAAUGGCGCCAAUGGAUCGAAUGGCAAUCUUAGUGGGUGUGGUGGUGAUUUGCAGCGCACCGGCAGCAAACGCUCGCGACGGCGCAAUGAGAGUCUGGCCAAUAAUGGUAGCUCUAUAGAGUUGGGCGGCAACGAGUCCAAUUCGGCCAAUGAGGCUGGUGGCAGCGGCAAUGGCAAUGGUGAGCGUAAAAACAAUCUGGCCAGCGGGAGCAGCGGUGGUGUAGGUCAGCGCAAGGGCAAUGGCCAGGCGGCGGGUGGAAGCCUGUCGAGUGGAGCGGGUGGUGGCAAUGCAGGCAGCGGUAGCGGAGGUGGUGGCAACAAUUCGGGCAAAAAGAAAAAAAGGAAGGUACGCGGCGCUGGCGCUUCGAAUACCGCGGCUAAUGCACGCGAGGAGACGCCGCCGCCCGAACCGAUUGAUCCCGAUGAGCCCACAUAUUGUGUGUGCAAUCAGAUCUCCUUUGGCGAAAUGAUACUCUGCGACAACGAUUUGUGUCCCAUCGAAUGGUUCCAUUUUUCGUGCGUGUCGCUGGUGCUGAAGCCCAAGGGUAAAUGGUUCUGUCCCAAUUGUCGCGGUGAGCGACCGAAUGUCAUGAAGCCCAAGGCGCAAUUUCUCAAGGAGCUGGAACGCUACAACAAAGAGAAGGAAGAAAAGACCUAAACAAAAUGGCUCGCGCUCAAUAUUUAUGCACAUACAUAUAAAUACACCCAUUUAAGUUUAGCAACGUUUUUGUGUCAAACACCAGCGCAGUUUGUAGUUAGACAUAAUCACCUAGCACCGCUCUUGUAAAUUAAUCGCUUUUAAGAUGUCUAGUUCGGUUAACAAACCACACGCACCAACCCAGCCCCUCUCAUCCUUUAUCCCCAACUACGCCGCACUAGUUUAAGCGCUCGAAAAUCAAAAUGGCUAGGGUUUUGGUCGAUCGAUAUAACAUCCCAUUUCCAUCGCCUCCAGGACGCACAUAACAACAAAAAGAAUCAACAUUGUUUUAGUUAUUAGAGGUUUAAAGGUGCGCCUAUUUUGAUUUCAAGUAAUUGUACAAAUACCUUUAUAUUAAAACACAGCGUAAAUUUAAUAAUACACUUAAUGGUAAUAAACGUUGAUAUUCAUAUGAUCCUUAAA